GUUGUCGCUAUUUUCCUCCCGACCCAACGACGUGGAAUCCAAAACGGACAAAUCUAAAAUCUUUGGCCGAGAACGGUGUGUUGUGUUCAUUGCUGUUUCUAAUAUUGAUCGCGUCGGACCAUCGGAGUGUAAUUUAGCAACAAACCCCAAUCCUCCUUGAAGCUCGGAAACAAUGGAUCAAUUCACCAAGUUCUACGAACCCGGACGCUCGUUCGCCAAGGAUUCCAUUCGGCUCAUCAAACGGUGUACCAAGCCGGACCGUCGCGAGUUCCAGAAGAUUGCCAUUGCCACCGCAAUCGGGUUCUGCAUCAUGGGAUUUAUCGGUUUCUUCGUCAAACUGAUACACAUCCCGAUCAACAACAUCAUCGUCGGAUCAUAAAGCUGCUAUGCAGGAUGCCGACCCACUUUGCAGUUCAUCAACCAUCGUCCCGGUUUUCCUGUCUCCAUCUCUGACGACCGGAUACGGUCUUCGUACGUUCCCAUCGUCCAACCUUCUCAUCUGAACCAUAAAUGUUUCCCCGGCACGAAGGCGAAGAAGCAGUGGCCUGGAGGCAAGAUUGCUCCCGAUGCCGUCUAUCAUUUUGUGUUGGCAUUAGUGUGUAUUUCCGGUCUUGAGCGUUGUUAGAAAUAAUUCACUGUGUGUGGCCCGAUGUGUGAAAUAGCGAGCGCCACGUAUUUUUGUGAAAUCAAAUAAAUAAUUUAUUGUUUCACUCUAA